UCAACCUCUGCUGCUUAUCGGCUCUGACAUGCCUCAUCUCCUGGCACCUACAGAACCAGUCCAUCUGGGCCCGACAGGGGGACCCAUCGCUGUCCAUACCAAGCUUGGUUGGUCGCUCCAAGGUCCCAUCAGUAUCGACCAGACUCCUGCAACUGAGCAGCAGUGCCUGUUCACAGCAACAGUUGUGCCAACCAGUGAGCUUUUCAGGAAUGUUGAGCGUCUCUGGCAGAUUGAUACGCUGCCUUAUGUAAGCGAGAAGCAGGUAACCCGAUCGAAGCAAGAUCAGCAAGCUCUAAACCUACUCCAGACAUCCACCAUCAGGGUCACUGUCGAUGGGAUACAGAGGUAUGCCACACCACUGCUUCGUCGCGCCAACUCCUCCACGCUUCAAGCUCCUAUGGAAGCAGUCUUGCCAAGUCUGCGCAGUACAGAGAGGAGACUUGUCAAAGACCCACAACGCGCCGAAGUAUAUUGUCAGGAGAUUCAGAAGCUGGAGAAGUUGGGCUAUGUAGCUGUGGUGCCACAUGAGAUAGCUAGAACCACUGCAGAAUCCUGGUUCAUACCUCACCACAUGGUGCGACACAAUAACAAGGACAGGAUCGUCUUUAACUGCUCUUUCCAGUACGAAGGGAAGUCCCUCAACUCUGUUCUCCUCCCUGGACCUGCCCUAGGUCCAUCUUCGCUAGGAGUUCUUCUUCGGUUUCGACAGUAUCCAGUUGCUGUGAGUGGCGACAUCAAAGGUAUGUUCCACCAGAUACGCCUUUUGCCAGCAGACAAACCAGUGCUGCGCUUCCUCUGGCGGGACAUGAAGAGGAAUGAAGAGCCGAAGAUCUAUGAAUGGCAAGUUCUACCAUUUGGCACUACAUGCAGCCCCUGCUGCGCCAUCUAUGCACUACACCAGCACGUCCGGGACACUUGUAGGUCCAAUCAUGACCUCAUCGAUUGUGUAGAGCAGUCGUUCUACGUGGAUAACUGCCUCCGCAGCACCCACUCCCAAGAGGAAGCUAAGGUCCUAGUCGACAGUCUGCGCCAGCUGCUCCACACCGGGGGCUUUGAGAUACGUCAGUGGGCCAGCAACAUCCCUGCUGUCAUUGAACAUCUUCCAUCCAAUGUGAGAUCUAAGAGUAGUGACCUAUGGCUCUCUCAGUCUAGCACAGACCUUUGGGAGCCAACUCUGGGACUGACAUGGGAUUGCCUUCGUGACUCCUUCAAAUACAGACAUCGAAUGGGGGAGAGAACCGAACCCACACUGAGGAACGUCUACAAAACACUUGCGUGUCAGUACGAUCCGCUAGGUUAUAUAGUACCGUUCACCACACGGGCCAAGAUUCUGGUACAGGAUCUUUGGAAGGAGCAGCUCGGCUGGGACGACCCGAUCCAGCCACCUAGCCUUCGUGACAGAUGGCUUGCCUGGGAAAAGGAGAUUCCUGAUCUUAUCCAAAUGGAGAUCCCCAGAUGUUAUGCACCAGCGUCUGCUGAUUCAUCUGCUUCAAGUAGAGAUCUUCACAUCUUUUGCGACGCUUCCGAGAGAGCAUAUGGGUCUGUCGCUUACCUGCGGACAGAAACUGCUCAGAAGGAAGUCUAUGUCGCCUUUGUAAUGGCUAGAUCCCGGGUGGCUCCAAAGAAACAGUUGUCCAUGCCGCGGUUGGAACUGAGUGCCGCUCUCACUGGUGCACAACUACCUGGUCUGCUUCAAGCUGAGCUCACGCUGCCCAUCCGAAAGGUUAUUCUCUGGUCGGACUCCACUACCGUUCUCCACUGGAUCAAGUCAGAAUCUUGCAGUUAUAAAGUUUUUGUGGGCACGCGGGUGGCAGAGAUCCAGAGUCUUACAGAUGGGAGUACCUGGAGAUAUGUGGAUAGCGCGAAUAACCCUGCUGAUGACAUCACCCGGGGCAAGACCUUGAGGGAGCUGUCACGACCACACCGGUGGCACCAAGGCCCUGAGUUUUUACGUCGAUCCGAGGAGCAUUGGCCGAUCAGCCCACCAGCAUAUCCAGAGCCAGAGGGUGGUGAGCUGAAGAAAUCAUAUUUCUGUGGACAGGUUAGGGUCAACUCCUGCCCUCAACUUCCUGAAAUCAGCAUGUUCUCCACCUGGAAGGAUCUCAUGAAGACAUGGGGCGGCUGACCCAAACUCAAGCUCGCACAGUGAAGCAGACGAUUACAUUAAAGCUGAGAAACUCCUCCUGAUGAAGGCCCAGUCAGAAUCAUUCCCAGAGGAGCACAAGGCACUCAGGUCUGGCAGACCAUUGCCAACCAACAGCCGUUUGAACUCCUUAUCACCCGAAUAUGAUAAGGAUACGGAACUCAUCAGAGUUGGUGGAAGGUUACGAAGAGUUGAGCAGCUGGAGCUAGACACCAUCCACCCGAUCAUACUAGACCCAAAACAUCCUCUGACUAAGCUCAUCAUCCAGGAUUUUGAUGAGACCCUCCUUCAUCCUGGACCAGAAAGAGUGUUGGCUGAACUGCGUCGCCAGUUCUGGAUCCUCCGGGGGAGGGAAGCCGUCAGACGGUAUCAGAGGGACUGCAGGCCGUGUCAGGCUUGGCGUGCCAAUCCUUCCAUCCCGAAGAUGGCAGAUCUGCCACCGGCUCGUCUGCGUCUGUAUAAACCACCCUUUUAUUCGACUGGAGUCGAUUGUUUUGGACCCUUUACUGUGAAAAUUGGACGUCGAACAGAGAAGCGUUGGGGCAUAGUCUUCAAGUGCAUGACGACCCGUUGUGUGCAUCUAGACCUCGAGAGUCUUGACACUGACUCCUUUCUGAUGUCGUUAAGGCGCUUCAUUGCCAGAAGAGGCAAACCUUUUGAGCUCCUGUGUGACAACGGGACAAAUUUUGUCGGUGGAGCCCGAGAGCUCCAUGAGGCCUUUGAGACCAUGGCGCCUCAGUUGAAGGAGCGUUUGGCAGAGCAGCAGAUUGCUUUCCGUUUCAACCCCCCCAGUGCUCCUCACUUCGGUGGCGCCUGGGAGAGAGAGGUCAGGUCCGUGAAAACUGCUCUUAAGGUCGUACUCAAGGAGCAGACGGUCCCUGAAACUGUGCUUCGUACGGUCCUUGUGGAAGUGGAAGGCAUCGUAAAUGCUAAGCCUCUCGGCUACGUCUCAUCAGACAUAGCAGAUCCAGACCCCAUCACACCUAACAUCCUGCUGAUGGGACGCUAUGAUGCAUCACUCCCUCAAGUGGUUUACGAUCCCAGUAACCUUAUCGGGAGUCGCAGAUGGAGACAUAGUCAAGUUCUUGUCGACCAUUUCUGGUCCCGAUUCAUCCGUCACUAUCUGCCUAUCUUGCAAGAGAGACAGAAGUGGCAGAAGGAUGCGGAGUGCCUCAAACUGGACCAAGUGGUGCUCAUAGUUGAUCCUCAGCUCCCAAGAGCUUUAUGGCCUGUUGGUAAGGUAACAACUACUUACCCUGGAGCUGAUGGACGCAUCCGGACUGCUGCCGUUAAGGUCAAAGAUCGAACGUAUAUUCAACUAGUAGCCCGCUUGGUCCCACUCCCUAUGCUUGAAGAUGAUAAGGAUCCACAUACCUGAGUGGCCUUUCUACCUUGGAUUCGACUGUCUGUGCAGACAGUCGGGGGCGGCUGUGUUAGAAAGCCAACUGUUUAUACGUUAUUUGCUUGGUUGAAGUGUUGUGGUUUGUUUAUAGAUAGUGUUUGUGCUGUGGAAAUUGAUAUGUCCUACGUCACUGAACUCACCAUAUCCAUCCUUACGCUCCUUGAAUGCACCACUCUGUGCCGUGUGCUGCUAGUCUGCCUUUGCAGCUGCUAAUAGCCAGCUUUUUUCCUUGUGUCCUCUCAUCAGCAUCUCGUGGGUUUUGGUUUAUUGCUGUGUGUGAAUGCCAGAAGACCACAGCUGAAUAAAUCACCUAAACUUGGAAGCUGCCUCCGUGUUCUUUAACGGGAACACACCCACCAUACCUUGCCGCUCUAAAUCAGCUAAACUCCUGGAGACAACAUUCUCUCCAUUGUAAUUGGUAUCUGCAUUUAUAAUGGCUUGUUGCCCACCUAAGGGCACUCUACAAAUUCCCUGUUGACAACACGUUUUUGGAACGCCACAUACACGACAACCCGCUGAUCCAAGCAGUGUCGGGCAGCGCGUCAAUGAGCAAUCCAACUUAUUAUAGCAAUUAAAAAAGAUUAUGUUUAAAUGCAAUUAUCAUAUCAUCUUAAUAAGAAUUCAUAAAUAACUACACAUAACAAAUCUGUUAUGUCUAAAAGUAAAAAAACAAAACAAGUAUUAGCUGUUAUAUCGGAUUCUCUUACAUCCCUAAAUAUCGGUAUUGGUCUUAAAUAUCCGAUAUCAGUCAGGUUUUAAUUACAUUGAAAGAAAACUGGAAGAAGGACAAUGUUUUACAUUUUUGUCUGAUAAAUGAUGUUUGCAUUAAUGUUCACUAAAAACC